GAGCAGAUGCGGCUGGAGGCGCGCGGGAGCCGGGCGCGAGCAGGGCGCAGCCGCGAGGGAGGCGCGGGGGAGGCCAGCGGGAGCCGGAGCACCAGCAGCAGCCAGUGUCGGUGAAGAGCAGCCGGGCGCAGCCAGAGCCACAGUCGCGAUGGCCGUGGCGGUGGGGAGACCGAGUAAUGAAGAACUGCGAAACUUAUCACUUUCUGGCCAUGUUGGAUUUGACAGUCUCCCUGACCAGCUGGUCAACAAAUCCACUUCUCAAGGAUUCUGUUUCAACAUCCUGUGUGUGGGAGAGACAGGUAUUGGCAAAUCCACAUUGAUGGACACUUUAUUCAACACCAAAUUUGAAAGUGACCCAGCUACUCACAACGAACCAGGUGUCCGGUUAAAAGCCAGAAGUUACGAACUGCAGGAAAGCAACGUACGGCUGAAGCUAACCAUUGUUGACACAGUGGGAUUUGGAGACCAGAUUAAUAAAGACGACAGCUAUAAGCCCAUAGUGGAGUACAUUGACGCCCAGUUUGAGGCCUACUUGCAAGAGGAAUUGAAAAUUAAGCGUUCUCUCUUCAACUACCACGACACGAGGAUUCACGCCUGCCUUUACUUUAUCGCCCCCACGGGACAUUCACUGAAGUCCCUGGACCUGGUCACCAUGAAGAAGCUGGACAGCAAGGUGAACAUCAUCCCGAUCAUUGCGAAAGCCGACACCAUCGCCAAGAACGAAUUGCACAAGUUCAAGAGUAAGAUCAUGAGUGAACUCGUGAGCAACGGAGUCCAGAUAUAUCAGUUCCCCACCGAUGAGGAAACGGUGGCCGAGAUUAAUGCAACGAUGAGUGUCCAUCUCCCAUUUGCAGUGGUUGGCAGUACCGAAGAGGUGAAGAUUGGCAACAAGAUGGCGAAGGCCAGGCAGUACCCUUGGGGUGUGGUGCAGGUUGAGAACGAAAACCACUGUGAUUUUGUGAAGCUGAGGGAGAUGCUGAUCCGAGUGAACAUGGAGGACCUGCGCGAGCAGACGCACACUCGCCACUACGAGUUGUAUCGGCGCUGUAAGCUUGAGGAGAUGGGCUUCAAGGACACUGACCCCGACAGCAAGCCCUUCAGUCUCCAGGAGACAUAUGAAGCAAAGAGGAAUGAGUUCCUGGGAGAGCUGCAGAAGAAGGAGGAGGAGAUGAGACAGAUGUUUGUCAUGAGAGUGAAGGAGAAAGAGGCGGAGCUCAAGGAGGCGGAGAAAGAGCUUCAUGAGAAGUUUGACCUCCUGAAGCGGACUCACCAAGAGGAGAAGAAAAAGGUGGAAGACAAGAAGAAGGAGCUUGAGGAGGAGGUGAGCAACUUCCAGAAGAAGAAGGCGGCGGCUCAGCUCUUGCAGUCGCAGGCCCAGCAGUCUGGGGCCCAGCAGACCAAGAAGGACAAGGAUAAGAAAAAUAGUCCCUGGCUCUGCACGGAAUAAACGAUACUCUCAAAUCUAACUGGACGUGCUUUCGCCUUUGCAUCUUCUUCUUUAUGUAGCCAUCACGUUGCCAAGCCCUACUCUCUCUUAAUGGACAGCAUUAGAAGAGCGGGAGCUGUCUGUUCACGAGUUGGGGAAGAGUUACCUCAUCUCCACCAUCGCCUCCCAUUCUUUAAAGUCUGGGUCAAACAUUGCACUGCUGUUUGUAAUUGUCAAUGUCUGUUUACAAACCACCACCCUCAGUGGCUACCGAAGUGACUUCAACUACCAAAAAUAGUAACAAUAAUAUUAAGAGUGGAAUAGAAAAUGUAGGCCCAAACCUGGGGACUUGGGCUGGAAUCCUCUUGCUUAUUAGCUGCCAUUUCUUGAACCUCCUAAUCUAAGACCUUAUGGACCGAAAAGAGCAUGUACCUCACUUGAGGUUGUCAUCACCUGCAGGGCAAACAUAGCACAAGGUCCCCCCUGGUCUCUAUCCUAUGGGCAAAUCUCACCAACACCAUCAGGAUCUAAAGCUCUCAGCAGGUCAUCAGAGCGGGGCAACCCUUGCUGCCUCCUAUUGGUUUUGUGGGUUGUUCUGGUGUGGGAUUUAAAAAAAGGAAAAAAAAAGAGAGAAAGGUAUUGCAUGCACAGAGGUGCCUGCAGUUUUCCCUCUGGAACGUCCUAUUGAUUCGGUGUUUUUAUUUUUCAGCUGACCAUCUGCCUCUUGAGAGAAAGAAGUGGGCAUCCUACCUUUAAAUUCAGGAAUCAUUUUUUAUUUGACUGUUACCUGCAUCCCUUACAUAAGUUCUUUGGGGAGGAAGUUCUGCUCGUUUUGGGGACGGGGGAUUCCAACUAGCCACUCCGUUUUGUAUUUGUUAUUCAAACUUUUGGUAUCAAAAAUUAUGGCAAUCUUCAGCUCACUUCAAGGGGGAAUUAUGUUUAAUAUGUUCUUAGAUGCAAUUUGAAAAUGCCCCCUUUUGUUACUAGAGUUUUGAUCUACCAGUCUUAAUUAUGUUUGAAUUGUGCCAGUGUUGGGUAAAUGACUUUUCUGCCUCUGGGGUUCAAUUUAUAUUUAAAGAGAUCUUAAAAUACUAUCUGGCCCAUCCCUGCCUUUGAA